UCGUCUACUCACCCCUCACAAAUAACACUACCUUACAACAAUUUUCAGCAAAACACUCUUUCUUUGAGAGGCUGUUGAUUUCCAGUGUUUGUUUCGAGAGAAAAUUGAGGGGAAAAAGAAAGAUGGUGUGGAGAUGGAGGUAUUGUUUCAGGGAUGUCCUGCCAUUCUCAGCCAUGUUGACAAUGGAGUGUAUAAACGUGGGUUUAAACACACUUUUCAAAGCGGCUACUUUGAGUGGCAUGAGUUACCAUGUUUUUGUUGUCUAUGCUUACGCCAUAGCUGCUCUUGUUCUCCUUCCUGCUCCUUUCUUUUCUUACAGAUCAAGAGUGCUCCCUCCACUGACCUUCCCUAUACUUUGCAAGAUUGGACUCCUUGGACUUAUAGGGAGUUCAUCUCAGAUCAUGGGGUAUACAGGCAUCAAUUACAGUUCUCCAACUCUAGCUUCUGCAAUUAGUAACCUCACACCAGCUUUCACCUUCAUCCUGGCAAUCAUUUUCAGAAUGGAGAAGCUAGCUUGGAAAAGGACAAGCAGUCAAGCUAAAGUCAUUGGCACCAUAAUAUCAAUUUUAGGUGCCUUUGUGGUGACUCUUUACGAGGGUCCAGCUAUAGUCAUUUCUUCAGCACCUUCAAUGUCUCUUCAACAACCCCUUAAUUCAUCGAACCCUAAUUGGAUCCUCGGCGGCCUUUUCCUCACCGCGGAGUAUAUUCUAGUACCUCUUUGGUACAUUGUUCAGACACAAAUCAUGAAGGAGUACCCGGACGAGAUGACUGUAGUUUGCUUUUAUAAUUUAUGUGUAAGUUUCAUAGCUGCAAUUGUUGGUUUAGCUACAGAGAGAGAUUCAAGUGCUUGGAGAUUAAGGCCAGAUAUCGCAUUAGUCUCUGUUGUUUGCUCGGGACUCUUUGGUUCUUGCUUGAACAAUACGGUCCAUACAUGGGCUCUGCGCUUGAAAGGACCUGUUUUCGUGGCGAUGUUUAAGCCAUUGUCUAUUGCGAUCGCUGUUGCCAUGGGUGUCAUGUUCCUAGGUGAUACACUCUAUCUUGGAAGUCUCAUCGGAGCAACAAUAAUAUCGAUCGGAUUUUACACGGUGAUGUGGGGGAAAGCGAAAGAAGAGAUGGGUGAAUGUGGGAAUGAAAGUAUCAUAGAUUCACCAUCUUCACACAAGGCCCCCCUGCUUCAAAGCUAUAAGAAUGAACAAGUGUAGAAAUCAUGUGGUUGUGAAUGCAAAAUAAAAUCAAAUGACCAUUAGGAGGUACUCAGGCUCGUUGUGAAAUCCAUAGUCCUACACAAGGAUUUCUGGUAUGAGGAUACUGAGGCUCAUUGUUAAUACAAAACAGAUUGCAUAAA